CUCUACAAACUGCUGAAAAAGUUUUCCUUUUAGCUCAACUUACUCUGGUCAUGUACACAAAUUUCCAAAUCCAACUUCUGUAAACCCUUAACCCCAGCUAAACCCAAUGCGGGCCAAUCAAACUCCACAGAUUUAAACCCUAAGCUCAGUGGCCGUUGUAAAUAGAAAGCUAUGAGUCUGCAGAAUCUCAUCUGUAGGGUAUUACCAAAGCAAGGAAGGCUAUGCACAGAAAUGGUUAAAGCCCGCAGCAACCAACUCUGAGUUUGUACGCAAUACAGGGAAAAAUGCAGGACAGCAGAAUGUAUUCUCAUGUUCCGCAUGACAUGAAUCACAUGGCAUUAUAUUUUACUCCACCAGCAGCAGCCGCUUCAUCUUCAGAAUUUGGUUAUGAGCAGAGAUUAAUAGAGGAUGUUCGCUUUUUGCAUUCGUUGUGGCACCAGGGUCCUCCACCUAAGCGACAACGCGGGGUAAAUAUUCCCCCUGAUUUUGAAGAAGAGGACACAUCAACUGAAUCCAAAUCCGAACCCCUGUGGGAGAAGAAUAGGCAGAGCGGAGAGAAGCAGCAGGGAGAAGAGUCGGACUGGCAGACAGUUGAAUUUGGCGCUGAAACCCUAAAUAGCCCUGAGAAAAAUAAUGACGGCAAUUGGAAUCCCGAUUCAUGGGAAACCGCAAAGCCCAGCUCUCAAGCUGAAUGGACGUCGGCUACCCAGAAGUCCGAGGGGAUGCUUUUCACCGAGGAAGAAGAGCGUCAAUUGGCCCAUCUGAGAAUGCAGAACAGGGCCACCCGAGCUUUCAAGGACUUCUUGACCAAAGGUGGCAAGGGCAAGUCCUCCUCCAGCGAUAGCGAGGACGAUACGGAUGAUGAUGAUGAUAAAGAUUCUGAUUGUGCGCCGUCCGGUGCUCACGCUAGAGAAGUCUGCGCUGAGGACUUUUUUGACAAGCUGUUUGUGCAGGAUGAAGAGCUGCGGAGGUUCUAUGAGCAGAAUUGCAAUUUUGGGGCCUUCGAAUGCCUGGUUUGUGCUGCCACUGGUGCCAAGGCGGGGAAGAAGUUUCCAGAUUGCGUAAGCCUCAUUCAGCAUGCUAUGAAGAUCAUGAAGACGAAGAAGAAGGCGGCACACCGCGGCUAUGGCCGUGCGGUCUGCACGAUGUUGGGAUGGAAUGCUGACCGAUUGCCAAGCAUCUCCAAGCCUAGUAGUCUAAUAGCUCCCCGUGGAUGCAUUCCUCCACCAGAUGAAGUUAAGGUGCAAGAUCCCGCUGAAGGGGAUGACACAAACAAAACAGAAUCUCCGGAAGGGGAUAACACAAACAAAACAGAAUCUGAUUUGAACGCGGAAGCUUCUGACGACAGUGAUACCAACAGUGUUGAAGAUGAAGAACCUGCUUCUGAAUGAUUUACAUGUUCCUUUUACUACAAAUUUUGAGGGGAAAUGUGCAAUUUAUGAAUUUUGAGGCACUUUAGUGAAAUGCCCUUCUAUUGUCGUGCAUAGGGUGUCUAUAGUUCAAUGAACACAAGUCUUGAUGUUCUCUUGGUUUUCUUCUGGAUAAAGUUUAUACUUCCUACAGGUCGUUGGGUUUGUAGCAUGAAAUGAGUUCAAUCUUGUUCCACCUUAAUUUAUAGGUUGGGAAUUAGAAAACCUCAGAAAACCUUAAUUAAGGAAAUGUGUAUUUGUUUAAUGUGUUAUGGAGGACAAGAACAUGUUGAGGAAAUUUUUCUUUAAUCUUGGAAGAUGUAAAUACAUUUUUUUUUACUAUUAAAAAGAAGUCUGUCUUUUAAAUCA